GAAAAUUUGGCUGUUGAUUCCGCGAUUCUCCUCUUCUUUCCCAUCGACUUUUCUUUUUGCUUCCUUGUUGUCCAUCGUUUCUUUGGGGCCUCUCUUUGCAAGAUGUCGAGCAUUACCCGUUCCCUCAACCUCCUGGCCCGCACCGGCCGGUCGUCCCUCUUGCGCCCGCGCGCCAUCAACCCCGUCCACCAUGUUUUUGCCAGCGACAAGAUGGCUGCCCGUGGCCUGGCCACUGCCUUCGAGCGCACCAAGCCCCACGUUAAUAUUGGUACCAUCGGUCACGUCGAUCACGGCAAGACCACCCUGACUGCCGCUAUCACCAAGCACCAGGCCGACAAGGGUCUGGCCAACUUCCUCGACUAUGCUUCCAUUGACAAGGCCCCUGAGGAGCGCAAGCGUGGUAUCACCAUUUCCACUGCCCACGUUGAGUUCCAGACUGAGACCCGCCACUAUGCUCACGUCGAUUGCCCUGGUCACGCCGAUUACAUCAAGAACAUGAUUACUGGUGCCGCCAACAUGGAUGGUGCCAUCGUUGUCGUCGCUGCUUCUGAUGGUCAGAUGCCCCAGACUCGUGAGCACUUGCUGCUCGCCCGUCAGGUCGGUGUCCAGAAGAUCGUCGUCUUUGUCAACAAGGUCGAUGCCGUUGAUGACCCAGAGAUGCUUGAGCUCGUCGAGCUCGAGAUGCGUGAGCUUCUGUCCACCUACGGCUUCGAGGGUGAGGAGACCCCUAUCAUCUUCGGUUCCGCCCUCUGCGCUCUUGAGGGCCGCCGCCCCGACAUUGGUGCCGAGCGUAUCGAUGCUCUUAUGACCGCCGUUGACACUUGGAUCCCUACCCCCGAGCGUGACCUUGACAAGCCCUUCCUCAUGUCCAUUGAGGAAGUCUUCUCCAUCCCCGGCCGUGGUACCGUUGCCUCCGGCCGUGUUGAGCGUGGUCUGCUGAAGAAGGAUACCGAGGUUGAGAUUGUUGGUGGCUCCGAUGUCCCCAUCAAGACCAAGGUCACCGAUAUCGAGACCUUCAAGAAGACUUGCGACGAGUCCCGCGCCGGUGACAACUCUGGUCUGCUGCUCCGUGGUGUCCGCCGUGAGGACAUUCGCCGUGGUAUGGUCAUUGCCCAGCCCGGCAGCACCAAGGUUGCCCAGAAGUUCCUGGUCUCCAUGUACGUUCUGACCGAGGCUGAGGGUGGUCGCCGUACCGGUUUCGGUGCCAACUACCGCCCCCAGGUCUACCUCCGCACUGCUGAUGAGCCUGGUGACCUCACCUUCCCCGAUGGUGACGAGUCCCGCCGCGUCCAGCCCGGUGACAACGUCGAGAUGGUCCUCGCUACUCACCGCCCCGUCGCCGCCGAGGCCGGUCAGCGCUUCAACAUCCGUGAGGGUGGCCGCACCGUCGCCACUGGUCUGAUCACCCGUGUGAUGGACCAGUAAAUUGGUCUUGCUCGACCUCGGCCGGAUGAGUCUUGAACAGACCGAUCUAGCCCUUGUAUUAUGACACCCCCUUUUAUCUUCUUUCUUGUCUUGUUUGUCUGUCAUCCUUUAUUCACAGCGCGGGAACCGUCGAUCAGCUCAAGGGAUCUGGGAGCAAGCUGGAGUUUUCGCUUGAAUCUUGUUCAUGUAUCUCUACUGUAUUGGAGAUGUCGUUGGUUGUUCUUCUCUCCCCUCCUCCCGUGGAAUUUUGUAUUAAAAACAAAAAUCAAAUCCAACACAUUACUUUAAUACAUCGAGUCAAACCAGCUCAUACGAUAGAAAG